AUGAGCUAUAGCACAGACCGUCUCGAGCGGGGCCACUUGGAUAGUGAAGACAGCCUCCUCGACGAGGAUCGCAGUGUGGAGAUGCAGAACCCGCUCAGCGUCGCGCCUGAACCCAUCCUCGUCAACUUUAACAACAACGCUAACAACCCUGACCCUGGCGCCUUCUCGGACGAUGAACCCAGCAGCCCAGAAUCGAAUAAGUCCCCAUCGAGGAACACUCAAUUUCCCUCUUCUGGAGAUGGUGGCAGUGACCAUGGCUCCUCCAAGGAGGGUGACGACGACAACGGAUUGGACCAGUCGUCGGAGUGCGGGUCUAUGGCAACCACGAUGAGGCAUAAGCGGGCCGCGACGUCAUUUAAAGGAGAUGAAGAAGAAGACAUUGCAGAAGAACUCCCUCCAAAAGGAGCAGACAUGGAGGAUGUAGACCUGGGUAGCACCAACCGUAUCAUGGCGCUGCGCAAGACGAACGACAGUAGCAGCACCAACAACCAAAACCCCGAGCUUGGCGGAAACGGUCUUAAAGAUGAGACGAGGACGGCCAUGUACCCAUCAACCGCGGAACCCUCGCCCAAUACGAUAGUGCCUGGGGAUGCGUCGCAGGUGGACGAAUUGAGUGAGAUGGAAUACAUCGCGGCCGACGGGUACGGUUUCGACUACGUGAUGGUGUUCAAGCUAUCGAGGGUUGGGGUCAUGACCGACUACGCGACAGAAACGAUCAAGAAGAUUAUGGCCGCGGGCUUCAAGGUCCGCGUGUACUUGAGCUGCAGCAAAGAGGAGGUGUUCUGCGAGAUGCGAGCCUCGGUGGAACGCCUCAUGCAGUACGCUGACCAGGUGAACCGCAAGAUGCUCCUCGACCGCUUCCAGCUUUCCGAGGCAGCCGCAGCCGGAGACCCCGAGGCAAAAAUCGCUCCCAUCAAGAUCAAUAACGACCCGAACAUUUCCUUCAGGUCGCCGUACGAGUACAUCUACGCCAGAUACGACCGCAGGCCGGAUCUUCAGCACCUGUACUACAAAAGCGACGGCAUGUGGCACCCGUUCAGAGCGGUGGUUCGGCUGUCGAUAAGCAUUGACAUCUUGAAGGCGCCCAUGUGCCUUGGCGGGGCGGGGCUGCCCGUGGACAAGCUCAAGCUCCAGGGGAAAAUCCUCGCCCUUUUCCCGAAGCACUUCAAGCAGAACAAGCUGCGCCUUAGGAAUAACUGGCUCGUGGCCAAGCAGUGGCCGUGGGAAUCGCCGUACGACCAGAUCAAAGAUUACUACGGCGAGAAGAUCGGGUUGUACUUCCACUUCUUAGGCCAUCUUACAACUUGGCUGAUUCCGCUGGGGGUAGCGGGUCUGAUAACCGCGAUGACCGUCUACAUAUCGGGGAACGAGGAGCACGUGAUAACUCUCAUCUUCGCCCCCAUCGUCGUUUUCUGGGCAAUUGGUGAGGAAUCAGCGAAGGCACGACUCGAGACGCGGGAUACCAACCCCACAACUACGGACGCCAUCGUGAAGCCAGAACUAAGUCCGAAAGCCAUACAGCAAUAA